UCAAAAGAGAUCUUUUUUAGAUAUUUUUUCCCAUCUUUGGAUUAUGUCGGUUUGUCGUCAAAAAAAUGAUAAAGUGUUUGAUUGUUAAAUCAAACAUCAAUCAACAAAAUCAAACAACAAACAGCAAUCAAUCAAAUAAUUUUUCUGAUGGAACAUAAUAAUUACACCAUCAUAAUGGUCAAUCUACAAAUUGAAAAUACUAUGGAUUUCGAACAGACUUUGAUGUAUGGCCAAUAUAAAAAAGAUUUAGCCAGAUUUUCACGUUCACUUGCAUCAAGCCGUUCAAGGGGUGCCAAACCGAUAUCACUAAUACGAGAAUCAAGUUUUUUUCGUGCAAUAUCAGGAUGUUUUGGUUUCAUAUGGAAAUAUACAUUGGGUAUUAUUGACGAAGAUUGGCCAUUCCUUGCUUUAUUGGGUAUCACGAUGGCUAUCAUUAGUUUUACCCUUGAUUUUUUCGUUUUACAAUGUCAUCAAACUCGUGUGCUAUUGUACGAUCAACUUUUUACGUAUAACAUUGUGAUUAGAUAUUUUGGUUGGAUAACAUUUCCCGUCUUGCUUCUUGUGUUUGCAACCGGUGUAGUUGGUAUCAUUUCGCCACAGGCAACUGGAUCGGGUAUACCUGAAAUGAAAACUAUAUUACGCGGAGUGAUUCUUCAUGAAUAUCUAUCAUUUCGGACAUUGGUUGCCAAAUUAAUCGGUUUGGCGUGUAUAUUGGGCAGUGGAUUGCCAUUUGGCAAGGAAGGACCUUUUGUACAUACAUGUUCAAUGGUAGCAACAAUCUUAUCCAAAGUGAUUGGGUCAUUUCAGCAUGUAUAUGAUCGUGAUGCACGAACCACCGAAAUGUUGGCUGUGGCUUGUGCCGUAGGCGUUGCCACCACAUUUUAUUCACCAAUAGGUGGUGUAUUAUUCUCAGUAGAAGUAACCACGGAUUUUUUUGCUAUUCGAAGUUAUUGGCGUGGGUUCUUUUCCGCUUGCUCUGCAGCAACCUUUUGGCGUUUGUUGACAGUUUUCUUUCGUAAAGAAGCUGCAUUGACUUCAUUAUUCAAAACAAAUUUUCGUACUGAUUUUCCAUUCGAUCCACAAGAAUUAUUGGUAUUUGCUUUUAUCGGUGUUGCUUGUGGUUUUGGUGGUGCCUUUUAUGUUCGUUGUCAUCGCUGGCUCGUUCAUUACAUCCGGAAUCAGAAAACGUUGAAUGCAUUUCUAAAAAAAAAUCGAUUCGUAUAUCCAACCGUGGUAACUUUAUUAUUGAUGUCCAUUUCGUUUCCACCUUUUAUGGGACAAUACAUGGCCUCAUUUCUAUCCAAUCCACAAACAUUUAAAGAAUUGUUCAGCAACAUAACUUGGGAUGUACAUGGUAGUAAUGAUUCAAAACAUUUAACGAUGGUCCAACAUUGGUCCACUAACCAUACAAGCAUUUAUACUAACCUCAUCAUUACCAUCUUCAAUACGUUUUGGAUGUCGAUUUUGGCAUCUACCAUACCAGUUCCACAUGGAUUGUUCAUACCAAUUUUCAAAAUUGGUGCCACUUUCGGCCGAUUAGUAGGUGAAAUUAUGGCUGCUUGUUUUCCAGACGGUAUAUCAUUUAGUGGUUAUACCAUACCAAUUGUACCUGGUGGUUAUUCUGUUGUUGGCGCUGCUGCAUUUACCGGAGCUGUUACACAUACAAUUAGUAUUACGGUGAUCGUGUUCGAAAUGACUGGCCAAAUGAGCCAUAUGAUACCGGUUAUUUUAUCUGUACUCAUAUCAAAUGCAAUCAGUCAAAAAUUGGAGUUAUCAAUAUAUGAUUCAGUUAUACAGAUCAAAAAAUUACCAUUUUUGCCACCGAUCAUGGUUGCUAAUUCAUUGGCACAUAACAUUUUUGUCGAUGAUAUUAUGGUCCGUAAUUUGGUUUUUGUAUGGCUAAAAAAUUUUACUUAUCGUGAUAUAGUAAAUUUGUUAUCUAAUAAUCCUGAAAUACGGACAUUUCCCUUGGUUGAUAAUUGCAAGAAUAUGAUUUUGUUAGGUUCAGUUCAACGUGAUGAAUUGGAACGAAUUGUUGAUUGUCUUCUAUGCCGUGAACGUCGAUUACAAGAAGUAGUACGAAAGAAUAGUCUUCAAGAAUAUGCUCUUGGUAUUGAGACAGAAAGUGAUGAAGAUUCAAUUCAAUUCAUAACUCCGUUCAUGGAUUAUGAACAAAUUCCAUCACCGACGAAUAAAUCUCGUUUUAAUGUCAGCUUAGUUUCAUCGAAUGAUUAUGAAGACAAACGAAUUAAUCAAUCAGCGAUCGAUCGAAGAUCACCUGUGAAGCCUAAAUCGAUCUUGAAACAAACAUUUACUAUAACUACAUAUUCACCUCAUUCUACGAUAAAUACCAAUUCAAGUAUCCGCAAGGAUUCGCGUUUACGACAGGUAUUUGAAAAUAUUUUUCAGAAAAGUUUACAUCUUGAAGAUGCACAUCCGAAUCCAUUGAAACAAUCAGCCGAAAGUAUGACAACAAAACCACCCAUCAUUGAACGAAGCGUUCAAUUGCCUCGUGAACGUGUCAUUGACAUGACAGCAGAAGAGCAACACAAAUGGGAAGAGGAACAAUUAAAUACCGUUGUAGAUUUUAACGAUUGUUGUAUUGAUCCAGCACCAUUUCAACUGGUUGAACGUACAACCAUCUAUAAAGUUCAUCUAUUUUUCUCAAUGUUGAGCUUAUCGCGGGCAUAUGUCACUUCAGUUGGACGUUUAAUUGGUCUUGUUGAUCUUGCAGAUCUCAAAAAUGGUAUCGAUAAGCUGAAUCAAGGUCUAUUGCAACCACAUGAAGAUUCCGAAGAAGCUAACAAUUAUUUAUACAAUAUUGAAUUUGAUCCUCACCAUGAAGAUACAUUGACAUCAUUCACUGAAGUUAUGGAAAUAAAUAAUCAAUCUAGAUAAUCAUUGCCUUUGUCCAUAUAUAUUUCAUUGCUGAUUUUUUUCUCAUUUUAGAUAAAAAUCUUUUAUUAUUGAUUGAGAUCGGUUGGAAGCAAAAAAACUUCCUACUUAAUUAUUGCGAAGCUAAUUUAGUGAAUCUAUUAAAUCCGAAUAUGUUAGCGGAAAUUUCUUUUCGAAAAUAAAAUUUCCUCACAAUUAUUGAGUGGACGACUUUAA